AGACUUUCCAGUUUGGGCUGCACUGUGCAUGGGAAAGCCAAUGUCUCUUUUGUGCCCAUAGCAUUAUUCCUGCCAGGGACCUCUCUUGUCCCCAGCAUGUUCCUAACAUGUGCUGUGGCUGGAGCAGGAGACCACGCAGAGAGGAAAGGAGACUGAGGCUGGAAACAACACAGUGGUCACUUGCACUCCGCCAUGGCCAAGGCACAGAGGAAUGGCCAGGCUACGGCCUCCCCACCCCCUGCUAGCCCUGUGAUUACCACCACAGGUCCAGCAGGCUUCCUAGAUGGCUUUGUCAACAACAUUCCCUUACCCAGAUGGGCGCUCAUUGCUGUGGCGGUGACAGUGGCUGUUCUCCUCCUUCUCUUCCUCAUCUGCAUCAUCAGGUGCUGCUGUGGCAAGAAGAAGACCAAGAAGAAGGAGGAAGUUGGUUUGCUUCCCUUCAGUGGCUCUACUACAGCCAGCCUGGUGCAGCCCGAGAUGGAGGACCUGGAGCAGGGCCCACAGGAGACAGGGAGAGGAAGGCUUCAGUACUCUCUGGAGUACAACUUCCGUGCACAGGAGCUGAAAGUUGGUGUGAAGCAGGCAGCUGAUCUGAAGGCCAUGGACAAUGGGGGCACAUCUGAUCCCUACGUUAUUGUCUACCUGACGUCUGAUAUGAGAAAGAAGUAUGAGACCAAGGUUUACCGCAAGACCCUGAACCCUAUCUUCAAUGAGAGCUUCACUUUCCAGGUGCCCCCGGCAGAGGUGUCCGAGGCCACACUGGUGAUGCAGAUCUACGACUUCAACCGCUUUGCCAAGCAUGACAUCAUUGGUGAGGUCCGCCUGCCCCUGGCCAGUGUCAGCCUGCAGCACAUCAUCGAGCAGUGGAGCGACCUAGUGGUGGCCAGCAAAGUGGAGCAAGAGCAGCUGGGUGAGAUCUGUUUCUCACUGCGCUACAUCCCCAGCACUGGCAAGCUGACAGUGCUCAUCCUUGAGGCCAAGAAGCUGAAGCGGAUGGACUCGCAUGGGCUCUCAGAUCCUUUUGUCAAGGUGCAUCUCAUCCUGAACAAGAAGAAGUGGAAGAAGAAGAAGACGAGCGUGAAGAAAAAUACCUUGAGCCCCUAUUUCAAUGAGGCGUUUGUCUUUGAGGUGCCUUUCAAUCAGAUUCAGAACGUGGAUGUGGUCAUCUCCGUCUGGGACUAUGACAAAAUGACCAAGAAUGAGCCCAUCGGCAAACUCUUCCUGGGCUGUCGGGCCACGGGUAACCAACUACGGCACUGGUCUGACAUGCUGUCCAACCCACGGCGUCCCCUCGCCCAGUGGCACAGCCUGCAGCCCCCUGAUGUGGUGGACAAGGCCCUGGGGUUGAAGUCCCACAUCAAGCUGCCUAUGACUACCAGGUAGCGAGAGGCAACUCUGGCACCCCCUGCUCGCUCUUAUCUGGGCAGGAUGGAAGUUUUCAGAGGUGUCUGGAUGCAGCUCUGCACCAGGGUGAUGCUGAAGGGGGUGCUGUGAAUGCAGAACUGGCUUGUCUCAGCCACUCACAGGCCGGGAUAUGAAUACAGAGAGCUGUAAGCUUAUGGAAAAA